AUGACGAUGGUUUCUUUUAGCAGGCUUGUAGCGUACAUUAUUGUGUUAUUUUCUGCUUGCUUGCCUGCUAUUGCAGUCGAGGUUUCAUAUGAUGGAAGAGCAAUAAAGAUUGAUGGAGAAAGAAGAAUCUUAAUCUCUGGUUCCAUUCACUAUCCUCGUAGUACUCCAGAGAUGUGGCCAUCCUUAAUCCAAAAAGCAAAGGAUGGAGGCCUCAAUACAAUUGAGACUUAUGUUUUUUGGAAUGCCCACGAGCCACAACGUCGUCAGUAUGACUUUUCAGGGAACCUAGACCUUAUAAAAUUCAUCAAAACCAUCCAAAAUGAAGGGCUUUAUGCUCUUCUGCGAAUUGGACCCUAUGUAUGUGCAGAAUGGAACUAUGGGACCAAUAACGACGCGUUUAUGAAUGAGAUGAAAACUUUCACAACCUUGAUAGUUGACAAGGUCAAACAGGAGAAUCUUUUUGCUUCUCAAGGAGGGCCUAUAAUCCUUGCUCAGAUUGAGAAUGAAUAUGGAAAUGUUAUUCAAUCCUAUGGAGAUGAUGGAAAGCAGUAUAUAAAUUGGUGUGCUGAUUUUGCUGAAAGUCUAAGCAUUGGUGUGCCUUGGAUUAUGUGCCAAGAGGGGGAUGCUCCACAGUCAAUGAUUAACACGUGUAAUGGUUGGUAUUGUGAUCAAUUUACUCCAAGUAGACAUGAUGUUCCUAAGAUAUGGACAGAGAAUUGGACUGGCUGGUAUAAGGAUUGGGGUGGCAAAGAUCCACAUAGAACUGCAGAAGAUCUUGCCUUUGCUGUUGGUCGUUUUUAUCAAUAUGGAGGCACAUUACAAAACUAUUAUAUGUACCAUGGUGGUACCAAUUUUGGCCGCACAUCUGGGGGACCAUACAUUGCCACAACUUAUGAUUAUGAUGCACCCCUUGAUGAAUAUGGUACAAAAACUGAAGCUAAGAUUUUUGUUAUAAGCCUUUUCAUUUUGAAUGUCCUAAUAAGAAGUGUUUUAGGAAAUCUAAACCAGCCCAAAUGGGGUCAUCUCAAGCAGCUUCACCUCCUCCUUAUAUCAAUGGAGAAAAUUCUCACUCAUGGUGAAGUGACUAACCAUGACUAUGGGAAGAUGAUGUCUUCCACAGUUUAUGACCUUAAUGGUACGAGGGUAUGUUUCUUUGGAAAUGCAAAUGAAAAGGAAGAUAUACAGAUCACCUUUGAAGGCACUAACUAUACUGUUCCUGCUUGGUCCGUUAGCAUUCUUCCAAAUUGUUCAAAAGAAGUCUACAACACUGCUCGGGUUAACAGUCAAACAUCUGUAAUGGCAAAGAAGCCAUAUGCGCAAAAGUUGGAAUGGACAUGGAGAGCUGAGCAGUUUGAGCACUUUAAGAGCCCUUCACAGAAGCAAAGUAGCCCUUUAAAGGGUGUUACUUAUGCCACACAUCUUCUGGAUCAAAAGGCUCUAACAAACGAUACCAGCGAUUACUUAUGGUACACGACUAGUGUGGACAUAGAUGAAAAUAGCCCAGUCUAUGGCCAAGAGGCCAGUCUAGAAGUUCAAAGCAAAGGGCAUAUACUACAUGCAUUUGUUAAUGCAAGGCAUAUAGGAUCUAAAUGGGCCAAAGACGGACAUUAUGACCUCUAUUUUGAGCGAUCUGCCAAGCUCAAGCUCAGGCAUGGGAAGAACUCGAUAUCGUUGCUCAGUGCCACCGUUGGGCUUCAAAAUUAUGGAGCCUACUUUGACAAAGAAGAAAAUGGGAUACUUGGUCCUGUAAAGUUAAUUGCACCAAACAGCCAAGAAUUGGACUUAUCCACAAACCAGUGGGAGUUUAAGGUUGGACUGAAUGGUGAAGAGAGAGAACUUUACAAAGACGAUGACCACAGAAAUUGGCAUACCGAUAAGCUUCCUUUUAAUAGGAUGUUUGUUUGGUACAAGACUACCUUCCAAUCUCCACCAGGAGAGGACCCUGUCGUGCUCGAUUUAUUAGGCUUGGGAAAAGGAAUUGCUUGGGUGAAUGGCCACAAUAUUGGUAGAUACUGGCCAAGCUAUCAUGCUGAUGAAAAUGGUUGCAGCUCUACUUGCGAUUAUCGUGGAGCAUACACUAACAAUAAAUGCUUGACGAACUGUGGACAACCUUCGCAAAGAUGGUACCACGUGCCACGCUCCUUCCUGCAAAAAGAAGGAAACACACUGGUUUUGUUUGAGGAAUUUGGUGGCAACCCUUCAAAUGUGAAUGUUCAAACUGUAACAGUUGGAAAAGCUUAUGGAAAUGCUUAUGAAGGGAACAACUUGGAGCUAUCUUGCCAGGGCGGGCGAGUUAUAUCUGAGAUCAAAUUUGCUAGCUUUGGAGAUCCAAAAGGCACCUAUGGAUCCUUUGAGAAAGGCAGCUGCGAAUCGCCUAACAGUUUAUCAGUCAUCAAACAAGCUUGUGUUGGCAAAGAGAGCUGUUCAAUUGAUGUGUCUGAGGGGAUUUUUGAGCCUAGUGGCUGCAAAGACCUCACAGCUAGGCUUGCUGUUGAAGCUCUAUGCUAG